UCUGCUCCAGUCUUCAACCUGAGCUUGGAUCUGCCGCCCGAGGAGAGAUGGCUUUCAAUAGUCAAUCAUUAUGAUAAAGAUUAUUUCAGGAAAGCAGCAACGGCAAUAAUCGAGUCCACGGUUCCGAAAUGGGUCCACCACGCUAUAACUCCAGCAGUAGUAGACGCUUUGGAGAAGUAUAUACCUCAGCCCUACGCGGGGGAGAUCCGUGGGGUGUCCUCAGGCUUUGGGAUGAGCCUGGCUGACGUCAUCCUUCUGAACUUUGCCUACGAGAUAACCGCGUUCUGCACCAGUGUUGUAGCUCAGGACACUAAAGGAAACAUCUUCCAUGGCAGGAAUUUGGAUUAUCCAUAUGGGGACAUUCUGAAGAACAUUACAGUGGAUAUUCGCUAUGUCAGGAAUGAACAGGUGGCGUACAGAGGAACCACCUUUACUGGUUAUGUCGGCCUGUGGACGGGACAGAGUGCCAAAAAGUUCACUAUUUCCGGAGAUAAACGUGCUCGGGGGUUUUGGUGGGAGAACUUCAUCGCCGCAUUCCUGAUGAGAUACUCUCCAGUCAGCUGGCUUGUGAGAAAAACGCUUGAAGAUGCUGAGGAUUUUCAGGAUGCGGUGCUCAGGCUGUCCAAGAUCCCCAUUAUUGGCGACGUCUAUUACAUCGUGGGCGGAGUGCAGCCUGGAGAAGGGGUGGUUGUGACGAGGAACAGGGGUGGACCUGCAGACAUCUGGUCUCUGGAUCCCAUCAAUGGACAGUGGUACCGAGUGGAGACAAAUUAUGACCAUUGGACCACUCCUCCUCCAUCUGAUGAUCGCAGGACCCCAGCCAUCGAAGCGCUGAAUGCCACUGGACAAGCACAUAUAAAUCUGGAUACUCUUUAUGAGAUUUUGUCACUAAAAUCAAUAAGCAGGUUGACCAUCUAUACAACAGUGAUGAGCGCAGCCUUUCCAGAAAAGUACCGAACAGUCGUCAGACAGUAUGUCCAGUCCACCACAGGGUAG